AAUAAAUGAUGUCACAAGCGUAUCGACCGUAUUGGGAUUUCUGCAAAGCCUUCAAAAAUCAAGUUCCACCAGCAGCAGAAAAUUAUGGCGAAACUUCCGAAACCCCCGAAAACCAAGUGGAUACUCCUCCACCUCCUCCCCCUCCUCCUCCAAGAGUGAAGACUAUAGCUAAGGCCCUCAGGAAAGAACUUCCAAAAGUCAAAGCGACCUGGAAAUCUUUUCUACCUGAUCUGUCGACCGAAGACGUCAGGAGGUACCACUUUGCGCAUCACGAGAUAGUUUGUCUGGAACUCGAAGAGGCUGGCUACGAGAACGCUGCUCAAUAUCUGAGGAUGCUAUUUGACCUGGACGAGGAGAUGAGAGUCAAAGCUGGACCCGGGACGAUAAUUUGGACUAAUCCACGGGUCAAAGAUGACGGUGCUUCAAUUGAUCGUCUGAAGAUCGGCUUGGCUGAAGCGAACAAAGCGAUGCUGAAUGAGCAGCCGAUCGCGCAAGCAGCUGCUCUUCUAGACACAGCGUUACACUUUCAAGGAACCAGUUGGGAAUGGUGGUGGGUUGCAGAAAAACUCUUCAGAAGCGCCAUGGCCGCUAGUGAAGCUGUUGAAAAUGAUGACCACCAAACCUUAACGACGAUAAAAUAUCUCUACGGACGUUUCCUCUUCAAAGAAAUGAAGGAGACUAAAGUGUCCUUAAAAUUUUUGGACGAAGCCAGGCAGGCGUCGGAGGAUAAAUCGUGGAACGCAUCGAAGAUACUUGGUAUUAAGCAGGACAGCGUCUUCAGGGAGUGCUGCACCCUUCUCUAUCGCGCCAUGCUGGAAAUGGCUAUAAGGGCGCAAAGAAACCACGAGACCGAUAUCGCGAUUGCAGCUUGCCAGAAGGCCCUGAAGCAUGCUACAGACUCGGACCACGAGGAGUACAUAACCGAUGUGUUGUGCGUACUGGGAAGAAGCUACCUGGCUUCAGAUCAGCCGCAACUGGCCCUGCAGAAUUUCAUCAAGUACCUGAACCUCUCCAGGCAGAUAUUCGACCACAACGGAAUAUGCGACGCCCACAUGGAGCUGGCCUUCACCUACAAAGAACUGGGCGAUCCGACGAACACCAUGGAACACCUGGAACGUCUCCGAGAGACAGCCUCCAAGUUCGAACUGCCCUACAAACUCGCGCAAGCCCAUUACUACAUCGGAGAGCAUCUUCUGACUCACGGUGUACUUCCCGCGGCCACCUCGCAUCUGGAAUUUGCUUUCACCCUCUAUAACGGAUUGGGCCAGACGCUGGAAGCUAAUCAUGCUCGUUGUAUAGCGGCAGUAUCGAAAGGGCAAGAAUUCAUCGACCAAUAUAUAGAAUUGAUACUCCAGUCCGGAGAGUACGAUCAAGCGGCUACCGUAAGGCUAUGUGACUGGAAAAAUAAUAGAGUACCAUUUUGGAGGGGAAAAAAAUACACCUGCGAAACCUACGGUGAAAGCGAUGAUGGAGAAUAUCAGGAAUUUGACCAGCCUCUGCAAAGAUCCGAGAAUCAGAUUUACUGGUCUGCAUCCGAUUACGAGAAUUCAUCACACUCUGAAGUUGUAAAAGUUGAAAGCCUACAAUCGGCGGUUAGUGUCCUCUCCGUAGAUUCCGUACCACAUGAAGCCUCUGAUGAGAACGAUUAGCACAACACAAGGAUGCAUAACUAAGCAUUUGUUUGAUGUCGAAGUGUCGCAGGAAGAAAGAUAACGAUGUUGAAAAUAUAAAUAUAUUAUACCUUGUUUUUACGAAACACGCGAUAGCGUAACAAUUAUGCCAUGAGGAUAUCUGCGGCACGUAUCGUCGCACAUAACACGCAUG